GGGACGUAGCCAACAACAGCAAGGAGAGGACCCAACGGAGCACCAUGCCGCGCUCCUUCUCAGCCCCCUACGCCUCAUCCCAAGAUCAGCCCGCUGAGCCGCUGCCCGCCUGCUUCACCCCAGACCCUUUCUUGUACCCCAGUCCCCUGCAUGCGGUGGCCCUGCAGAGCCCCUUCUUCCAGAGCCCCCUCUACGAGGACCCCACCUUCUCGGCCGCUUCCCGAGCCUUGUCCUACCCGGAGGACCCUGACGGCAACUUGGAGGCCUACGGGAACGACUUCCAGCUGUAUACGGAGGCGGCUUCGCAGGGCCAGCGGGUGGAGAGCUACAUCUCGCGCCUUCUCCGUCGCCGCAGCCAGCUGGUCAGAGGCACCAAACCCCGGACAAGCCUCAGCUCGGAACCGCCAGCCAAGGGUGGCGUGGUGCGCCAGAGCAGCCUCUGCAAGCGACCCCCGGAGCUGCUUCCUCUGCAGGCUGAACGCAGGCACCCUCCGGCCAUGGAGAGGGGGAGCAGCACCCCUUCGCCCUGCGGCCACGAGGGCGGCGCGGCGGUCACCACCGCCCGUGUCUGGUCUUCGUGGGAUGCUGCGGCCGAGAGGACUUUGGCCGCCAAGACGAUGGUGGAGGACUUUCACCCGCCUCCGUCCAAUCUCCGGAAGCCCCCCAAACUGCAAGCGUUAGCCCAAGGAAGGCCUCCCUCCAUAGACCACUACGACACGGUCUACCCGUCGUCCCCUCUCUUGGACAGGGAGGGCGGGUCCUUGCGGGGAAGUGGCCAGGAGCCGGUCUCCUACGAGUCAGAGGAAGGAGGCUGCCUGAUGGUCAAAGCCCAGUACAUCCCUGCUCAGCAGCCCCCCUGGGCCCAGCAGGCCCACCGGGCGGGCAGGAAGAAGCCCCCGCCCCUAACCAAAGGCCGCUCGGUGGAACUGUCACCCGAAAGGGUCCCUCUGCUGGUGAGGGAACGGCCGCGGGGGGCCGGGAGAAAGGGCGGCGGGAGGAAAAGCUCUCCCAAAUCCAAGAAGGCGGCCAGGUCUCAGUCGGAGAACAGCCUCCUGAACAGGUCCAGGCUGAAAUACGGGACCGUGGACCGGGAGGAAUCAGCACAGAAACUGUCCCGCCAACGUCGGUUGCAGGGGAACGUGGACAGCGGCUACCGCAAGUGGAGCUCGACAGCUGAGAUCUCUCAAGAGGAGCUGUCUCCCGGCAGCACCAUGGAGCCGGCGCGGGGCCAACAGGGGCCAGGCCCUGCAGGGUACACCUAUCCGGGCAGCGACUCCGAGUGUUCGGGCGAGCCAGCCAGGAGGGCCCCCGUGUGCCGCCUGGAGGAUGGCCUGGUGGGCGGAGACAGCGAGUCCAGCCUGAGUGACGGGGACUCGCCACCGCCAUACAGCAGCGGCGCCUCCAGCGAUACGGAUGAGAGCGGGGGUCUCGUGUGGCCGCAGCAGCUCUCCCCACAGCUGGUGUCGGCGUCUGGCCCAGGAAAGGCCACCAGCGGGCAGCCCAAAGUCUUCGUCAAGAUCAAGGCCUCUCACGCACUCAAGAAGAAAAUUAUGCGCUUCCGAUCCGGCUCGCUCAAAGUCAUGACAACGGUGUAAGCGGGAGCAAAGUCACUUCCCGCAAUGUCCCGUCGCCUCCCCAAAUUUCCGUGGUGUUGGAGGGGGCAGAAAGUUCCCCUUGAAUGUGUCUCAUCUUCCCUUUCAGCUGCCAGCAACCAGCGAGGUGCCAGUCCAGCUUCACGUCUGGGCUGGGAAGAAAAACUCUGGAAGAAACACGGCUGCCUUGGAUGGAAGGAAGAGAAGUUUGGUCCGUCUUUCUCUCCCCUGGGCUGCCCGGAGACUGUUGAGACUGGCGCUUCCUGGCUGCCCUUCUUGCUAACUCCAUCCAUUCUAAAAGGAGAGAUAUUUAUUAUGGCUUCCUUUUUCUUUCUUUCUUUCUUUCUUUCUUUCUUUCUUUCUUUCUUUCUUUCUUCCUUCCUUCCUUCCUUCCU